AUGACCAAAGACAUAAUCUGGAAAAAGUUUCCUAUCUCACCAUUAGAAGUGAACCUAUCCAAAGUCCUCAGGUGUGGUCAGACCUUUAGAUGGAAGAAUAUUAAUAAUACUUGGUCUUUUACUACGAAAGAUAGAAUUAUUCUAUUGAAGCAGGAUGAACAAUUUAUUCACUAUUCGUGGAUCAUGCAGAAGAAUAAAAUGCUGAAGCAAACGACUGAUGGCUUUGAUGAGACAUUCAGGUUUAUAAAGGAUUAUUUUAACUUAUCAGUCAAACUUGAAGUUCUCUAUGAAGAAUGGUUAAAACUGGAUCAGGUCUACAAGAGUAAGAUUAAAAGCUCACCUUUUGUUGAAUUUACUGGCAUAAGAAUGCUCAGGCAGGAUCCAUGGGAAACCCUUAUUUCUUUUAUUUGCUCAUCGAAUAAUAAUGUGAAAAGAAUUUCAAAAAUGUGUGAUUCGUUAUGUACUGAAUUUGGUGAUUAUAUUAAUGAGGUUGACGGUAUAAAAUAUUACUCUUUUCCGGAUGCGAAAAGUCUUUCAAGCUCUCCAAAAGUUGAACAAAAACUCAGGGAGUUAGGUUUUGGAUAUCGAGCGAAGUAUAUAUAUCAAACUGCGUCCAUGAUCAUGGAUAAUGAAAAUCAUUCUGCUAUAACAUUGGAGAGAUUGAACGGGUUGAGAAGUGAAGAAUAUGAAACUGCUCACGAAUUCUUGUUGCAACUCACAGGGGUAGGACCCAAAGUUGCUGAUUGUAUAUGUCUUAUGGCACUAGACAAACAUGAUAUUGUUCCUAUAGAUACUCAUGUUUACCAGAUUGCGAUUCGAGAUUACAAAUACAAGGGUAGGAAAGAUAUUAAGACUUUAAACAAAAAAGUAUAUUCAGACAUAAGAUCAUAUUUUAAGGAGAUUUUUGGUCCGUAUGCGGGUUGGGCUCAAUCAGUAUUGUUUACUGCAGAUCUAGCCGACUUAGAGAAUGGUAUAAACGAUAGUAAAAUAGACCGCAAAAAAAGGCUUGAUGCGUCUCGACAGUAUAUAGCUAAAAUACCAGCUGAAUCUCAACUUGAGCUUCGUUAUGAGAAAAAUGUUAGGUUAUCUGAGGUAGAAGCUUAA